AGGGUUUCUUGAACGGACUUCGUUUCUUUGGAUCAGAAGGUUAGCCGUUUUUAAUUCAUCUGUUUUAGUUUUCUGUCGGUUGUUGUUCAGAUCGUUCGCCAUUUCCUUCUUUUUUAUGCCUGAGGUUCUCCGUUCCCUUUCUCCUCCAGAGGCAGAGUUCAGUGAUUUAUCGUUCUUGAAAUACUUCUCACUCCGUUUCACUAACAUAUUCGCGGGAAAAUUUGAUUUCCUAACUUUUUUUCCCUCGGAUUCAGAUUACUGAUUUCGAAGGUAUGUAGAAUUCGUCCAUCUCCUCCCUGCUACUGUUUAUUCAUUAACGUCGACAUUGUAUGGUUUAAAAGAGAAGAAGAAGAAGGAGAAAUCAUCCUGUUACAAAGCUGGAUCUCUUUUCCCUAUCGUUUUAGUUCUUGGAAGAAAAAAAAGUGGGGGGGGGGGUGUUCAUUUGACUAGGGUUCUAGGAAUAUAGACUCUUGCUAUUUUUUUUUCCAUGAAUAGUUCCAUUUAGUUGCAAUUCAUCAUUUUCGUCAUUCGUUUUAUACGUUUUUCGACUAUUAGGAUUAUUUAUGGAGUAAGUGUUCACUCCCCUAGCUGCUUUCUUGAACAUUUUUGAUUGAAUGCAUGUUGAGAACUGUCAGCCGUACCUUUUGUUCUCUUCCUAUUCGUUAAGAGGGGAAGAUUGAAAUAAAUUUGGAUUUGUAGCUUAAUUUCUAACAAAAUUAUGGAUCUUAAUAUGGUUCUGGAAAGUCUGGUUCAUUUUUUCCCCCUUCUAUCCUAUCAUUUAAUUUUUAGAUUGGACUCCAGGUCUGUGGAUAAGAAUUACUAAAGCAGGAAUUAUUCUUUUAAUAAUACCGGCGACAACAGCUGCUUCACGGCAAGGAAUGCUCUUGUGCAAGUUUGGAUGAUUUUGCAAUGUCAGGCCUAUUCAAUUCAGGGCUCAACGGAUCAUCCUCAAAUCAUCAAGACACUGCAGGAAGGCCUUUUGGAUCACCGUUUUCUGUACAGUCUGCUUCCACUGCCCCUGUUUUUCAUCACACUGGAAAUGUUCAAGGAAUGCAUAACAUUCAUGGGAGCUUCAACAUUCCCAACAUGCCAGGCACACUUGCAUCAAGAAACUCAGCAAUGACCAGUGUCCCGCCAAAUGGUGUCCAACAACCUGCAGGAAGUCUUUCUACUGGACGUUUUGCAUCGAACAACCUUCCUGUUGCUCUUUCUCAGAUCUCUCAUGCCAGCUCACAUGGGCAUUCUGGGGUCACUAAUAGAGGAGGAUUGGGAGUCGCUCCAAUCAUAGGAAACACUGUUCCUCGAAUUACAAGCUCAAUGGGGAACAUUGUUGGUGCGGGCAAUGUGGGAAGGAGCUUAAGUUCUGCUGGAGGACUGUCCGUGUCUGGUCUUGCUUCUCGUUUGAAUUUGACGGGAAAUAGCGGGUCUGGUAGUCUUAGUGUACAAGGACCUAACAGACUAAUGGGUGGCAUGCUUCCACAAGCACCGCAGGUGUUAUCAAUACUAGGAAAUUCUUAUUCUCCUGGUGGCCCUUUAUCUCAAAGCCAAGUCCAAGGAGGGAAUAAUGCCUUAAGUUCCAUGGGAAUGCUAAAUGAUGUUAACUCUAAUGACAAUUCUCCUUUUGAUAUAAACGAUUUUCCUCAGUUGAGUGGACGCCCAAGUUCUGCUGGUGGUUCACAAGGUCAAUUGGGUUCUCUACGGAAGCAGAGUGUUGGUGUUCUCCAACAAAACCAAGAAUUCAGCAUCCAAAAUGAAGAUUUUCCAGCGUUACCUGGAUAUAAAGGUGGCAAUACUGAUUAUGCAAUGGAUCUGCACCAAAAAGAACAAGUUAAUGACAGUGCCAUGUCUAUGAUGCAAUCCCAGCACUUCCCUAUAGGGAGAUCAAGUGGCUUCAGCUUAGGAGGUACAUAUGCAUCCCAUCGCCAGCAACAACAGCAGCAUUCUCCAUCAGUGGGUGGUAGUGGGGUUCCCUUCAGAUCCGCAAAUAGCCAAGAUCUACUCCAUAUCCAUGGUUCUGAUCUAUUCCCAUCUUCCCAUGCAAGCUAUCACUCGCAGGUUCAAAAUAAUGGGCCACCACCUGGAUUGAGAUCUGUUAACUCUCCCAAUUCAGUUUCUGGUUUGGGAUCGUAUGACCAGCUUAUUCAUCAAUAUCAACAGCUCCAGAGCCAGUCUCAGUUUCGAUUGCAGCAAAUGUCUGCUGUGGGUCAGUCAUAUAGAGAUCAAAAUGUGAAGGCCAUGCAGGCAGUGCCUGAUAGGUUUGGCUUGCUUGGUUUAUUAAGUGUCAUAAAAUUGAGCAAUCCAGAGCUGAAUUCUCUCGCUCUAGGGACUGAUUUGACAACUCUUGGGCUGAAUUUGAGUUCAACUAAUGAUAUUCACAAAAAGUUUGCUUCCCCCUGGUCUGAUGAGCCUGCUAAGGGAGAACUCGAAUACGCAGUGCCAGAGUGCUAUUAUGCUAAACUACCGCCUACACUACAUCAAGGCUACUUUGCAAAAUUCCAGCCAGAGACAUUGUUUUAUAUUUUUUACAGCAUGCCAAAAGAUGAUGCCCAAUUGUAUGCCGCUAAUGAAUUGUACAACAGAGGUUGGUUCUACCAUAAAGAUCUGCAACUGUGGCUCAUAAGGGUCUCCAACAUGGAGCCUCUGGUUAAAACGAACACGUAUGAAAGGGGUUCCUAUCUCUGUUUUGACCCAAAUACAUGGCAAACUAUUGGGAAGGAUAAUUUUGUCCUUCAUUAUGAAAUGUUGGAGAAGAGACCAGUGUUGACGCAACAUUAGCAAAACGGGUUUCCAAUUUGUAAAGUUUUAUUAGUUGCUGGGGUUGACAUAUGAAAGCAUAAAAUGAUGUCUUUUAUUUGGUU